UAACCCGAAGAUCAAGACGCGCAGCAGCAGCGGCUCCAUCGUCCAGCCCCACCUUUGAAAAAUCAGACCCCAAUAUCAACGCCACCCCAUUGCACGAUCCUCUCCUCCGACUGUUGCCAGAAGAAGAAAAGCUUCGAAAAUCCCAUUUCCUCUCGACCUGUGUAGCUUGCAACUCUUGGAGUCUUGAUAGAGAAGGAGAGAGAAGGAGAAAGAGUGGGUGAUGGGUUUCGGGGGAAGUUGGAGCGUGCCCGCGAAGGCGUGCGACUCGUGCAAGACCGCGGCGGCGGCCGUGUUCUGCCGCGCCGACGUGGCGUUCCUGUGCCUCGGCUGCGACGCCCGGGUCCACGGGGCCGCCAAGCUGUCCGCGCGCCACGAGCGGGUGUGGGUGUGCGAGGUCUGCGAGCAGGCCCCCGCCGCCGUCACCUGCAAGGCGGACGCCGCGGCGCUCUGCGUCACCUGCGACGCCGACAUCCACUCCGCCAACCCCCUCGCCCGCCGCCACGAGCGGGUGCCCGUGGAGCCCUUCCUCGACGCCGCCGAGUCCAUCUCCAGGGCCGCCUCCGCCUUCAACUUCCUCGCCGUGCCUACCAAGACCGGCAGCGCCGACACGUGCGGCGGCGGCGGUGGCGGCUUCGGCGGCUCGUGCCAGAAUGAGGAGCUGGAGGAAGCGGCUUCGUGGCUGUACACGAACGCCACCGGCGCGAGUGCUAAUAAGAUUGUGGAAGGGAUGGACGUGAAAGUAGCGCCGGGCGGUGGUGGAGAUGUGUUCUUCAACGACGUGGAGACGUUUCUUGAUUUCGAGUGUGGCAACAACUCGAUGGAUCGGUUUCAUGGGUCGGCCACCGAUAGCCUCGUGCCGGUCCAAACCAAGCCCGCUCCGGCCCCGGUGGUUCAUCCCUCGUCGGAGAAUUGCUUCGACAUCGAUUUCUGCAGAUCCAAGCUCACAUCCUUCAGCUACCUCAGCCAUAGUGUGUCGUCUUCUUCGCUUGAUGUUGGAGUCGUACCAGAAGGGAACUCCAUGUCCGAUAUCUCGUACCCUUUCGUCCAAAGCAUGAGCGGGAACAGCACCGACCUGAGCAUCACGAACUCGGCAGCCACAACCACAACGGCGAAUCAACCAACUCCGAUGAGCGGGAUGGACCGCGAAGCUAGGGUACUGAGGUACAGGGAGAAGAGGAAGAACCGGAAGUUCGAGAAGACGAUCCGGUAUGCCUCGAGGAAGGCCUAUGCCGAGACCCGGCCGAGAAUCAAGGGCCGUUUCGCCAAGCGGACGGAGAUCGAAUCGGAGGUGGACAACAUCUACGGGACUGCCUCCGCAGCAUUCAUGGCCGACUCGCGGUACGGGGUCGUCCCGACAUUUUGAUUGAAAUCAACGCCGGGAGCUACAGCUAGUGGCUUAGCAGAUCCUUGUUCAACUAAACGUGCUUAUGUAGCUUUGUAUUUUGCUUGAAUGUGAUUUUCAAUUUUUUGCACCUAGGUCUAAGGUUACGGUGUUUGUCUUCGUCAUAAUAUAUUGUGCAAAAUACUGGAAGUUUUUUAUGGGCAGAUCCGGCUUUUUUCUCCCUGAUUCCUGAUUCUGAGCUGUUGCAUCUGAACAAGAUUUCUUUCAGCUCAGAGGAAGAAGAAAGCCCAUUUGCUUUUCACUUUCAGGCUCGUGUAGAUUUCAACUUUUUCCUGUUAUCUUUGGCUUUAGUCGUAUCUAAAAAGUAAAACCCUUUUCUUGUCAAA